UUUAGAUACUCAUUAGUUAUAUGUACUAAUCACAUCAAACAUCCAUCCAACUCAUUGUUCAAUCCUUUCUUUGUAGUGAUCAUUAUUGAAAUUCCAUUCCCUAAUUCCACCAUUUAAUUAUUCUUAGGCAUGCAGUUAUAGCUUUAAAUGAGCCUGAACCCAACUUCGGCCUAAGCUUAAAUAUUCUCCUUCUUAUAGGUGGACAGACCAUCAAUUCUGAACCCUCGAAACCUCUUGAUCAUUGAUUCCAUCCAUCAACCAGCAAUUAGCUUUUCGUUUUGCUCCUCUUUAUACCUCAUCCUUGCAAAUUUCUGUGCCGGCAGUAGGGUCAGAAUAAUCAACAUAAUGGAAAUAGAAAAAUAUAUCUGGAGGAACAACUAAAGCAAGGAAGUGUCCCAUGUAUUUCAUACCCUUUUGCUUUUUGUCUUAAGCUAACAACGAGCAAAUCAGCCCUGUCUGUCCCCUAAUAUUAAACUACUUGGAAGUUUUAACUUCAAAGAAGCCAAACAUAUUGCUGUAUUCUUGCUGCGCAGAUAAGAGAAAAAUCAGAUGGACGAGUUGUACUACAAGAUAGAGCCACAAAUGCUGCUUAAGAAAACCAUCCAGAAGACUAAGAAUUUCCUCCACAAAACUCCCCAUAAUCUCAAGUCGUUUCUCUUUAGAGGUCACGACAAGCUACCUAAAGUUGCUCGUCACCUCAAUCCUUUCUCAGGCAGCAGACGAAUAUUUGGCAGCAAAAGAAUCUCAAAGUCUACUGUUCAGCAGAUAGAUGAAUUGUACAGGGACUACUAUGAACAAUGGCAACAGCCUGAUCACAAUGAGAUUUCAGAGAGAAAGAUCGCUGGCAAAAAAUUUAGGAAAUAUCAAGGGAUGGCUGACGGAGAUACGGAAAGCCAGAGGAAAAUUUCAGUGCGGUUCAGUGUGAAGGACAUGGAAAGAGAAAGGAGAAAGGAAGAGGAGAAGAAAGGGCGAGAGGUCUUAACACGAAGCACGAGUAAAGGGGGUCUAACUUUACUGCAGAAGAUGGAGGAAUUGGAAAUGAUGGAAGGAGAAGAUAUCGAUCAUGUGCUGGAUGUGCAAGAAGUGCUCCAAUGCUACUCUCUGCUAAGCAGUCCAGUUUAUGUUGACAUUGUUGACAGAUUUUUCAUGGACAUGUACACCGAGUUCUCGAUUCGAAAACCAUCAGGCAGUGUCAACAGUUCAAUGCGAAGACUUGGUCCUCUCAAGCUGUAGAAACAAACAAGCAUCCUUUGCGUGUGCCUCUGAGAUUGUGAGUGGUGGUGCAAUUUCUCAUCUUCUACUUCUCUUCCUGUUUGGAAUUUGUCAUUCGCUUAAUAUCAAUUAAAAGAUCCAGGAAUGUGUGUAUUUCUCUAUUUAUUUGUGUAAUAUGAUAUUCAGAGUAUUAUUCUGCUCAAUUGAUAUUUUGACUGGUGUGUGCUUUCUUUA